AUGACAAACAGAUUUUCUGCUUGUGUGCUGGCUUUACUGCACUUCUGUCGUUCCUCUGACUCCUAUGAAUCACCGACAUUGCCUGAUGUUGGAGAUCCAAAGUUUAUUGAGGAAUGUGUGCGAACCCAUAACAGAUUCCGGUCUGGAGUGAAUCCACCAGCCAGCAACAUGCUCUACAUGAGUUGGGAUCCAGAUUUGGCAAAAACCGCGAAAGCUUGGGCAAAGAAAUGCCUGUUUAAACAUAAUACAUACCUCAAAGAUCCAGGGCAAGCUCACCCCAAGUUUACCCCCGUUGGAGAAAACCUCUGGACCGGCUCACUUUCUAUUUUUACUGUGCAACAAGCCAUCACCUCUUGGUACAACGAGGUCAGCGCCUACAAUUAUGCCACCAAUAACUGCAGAGGAGCAUGUGGCCACUAUACACAGAUUGUUUGGGCUACAAGCUACAAGGUUGGCUGUGCUGUCCACUUCUGUCCCAGUGUGGCGUACUCCUCCAUAACCAACGCAGCACACUUCAUCUGCAACUACGGGCCGGCUGGGAAUUACCCAGGGCGCCCAUACAAGACGGGAGCAGCGUGCAGCGACUGCAACGGCGAGCAGUGUGCCAGACAGCUGUGUCAAAAUGCAGAGCGUGACAAAGUCAUUAGUGAUUCCAGGUGGCGUCCAGACUGGGACAAACCUGCAUGUGACGAGUACUGCAUCACCAUUAUUGCUUUAAGGCCGUUACUCCUUAUACUUACAAUUCUGGCCGCCUGGCUCCUACCAAAAUAUUGGUCUCUAGCACCCACCAGUGAGUGACACACGUGCAGAAGACCAUGAGAGCACUUAGGUCAACUCAUCCUUUCCUUGCAUGUAAGUUACUGUCAGCACAAAGAUCAGUAGAGACACUGUUUGCAUCCACAGGUGAUUUAGAAGUACAGAAAUACCAUCUUUGUUGCAGGCAGCAGCGAGGAGAGCUGAUAAGCAGCUUUCUCGUUGCUCAGAACCAGUAACUGGUUUUAAAUUACCCAUGUAUUUUUUCAAGUGGAGCGGUGUGAGUGGGAUCCGGUGGGUAAGGGAGCACGCUGCCCAGGCAGCACACUGAGGUGCAGGCAGCUGCCCACCACACUUUCUUAGGAAGGGCUGGAGGGUGCCCAGCCCAGGAGCCUGGCCUUAGCCCUGGCUGAGGCCCCAGGCAGAGCACGCACCUCUCGUUCCUCCUGCGCUCUUUCCUUGGACACUCCUCCAGCAAGAUGCAGAGUAGCCUGGAGAGGUUUCCCAUUUAAACGUUUUUUUAAGAAUUUUUGGACUCCUGUGAGCUCUGGCAUUUGCAUCAUGGGGCAGGUGGUGCGUUUCCCAGUCUUGCAGUGCACUGGGGCCACUGGUAAUUCUCUUUGCUUCGAAUUUGGUUUUAAACACACGUCAUCUGUGCCAAGACAUAGCUUCACCUGUGUUUACACGUGAUUAUGUUUCACUGCAAUCUUUCCUGGUUUUUUGUUUUCUUUUUUCUGAGCAUAGAGUUUUUGACGGCUGUUUCAAACAAUAAAUCAUUAU